AUGUAUCACAGCUCUUAUAAGACGAGGCUUCCUAGACAUAUAGCCUCGCUCACUCGCACACUACGUGGCCGUACCCCGCUGCUGGUCAUGCAUACAGACCCUGGCGGCUGCUGCUUUCAACGGCAUCCCCGGGGGACGAACGGACAACCGCACCCACAGCCUGGCCUCUGGGAGAGGGAAAGAGGCAGCAGUGACCGUUAUUACCGCAGCUCGACCCUGGCCGGAGCCCCCUCCUUCCGCAGGGGCUUCCGCAGACGCCGCUCGUUCCCCGCACCGCUGCUAGCGGCACCCACGUUGAGGGAGACUCGAGAACACCGCAGGGCCGGCUUGCUGCCCUCACGACAGGGCUCGGGGGCUGCCUGCGGCCACAGCACAGGCUUCAGGGGAGGGGCUGGAGCUGGGGGCAGCCGCACGGGCCGAGCGGGGCCGGGGGAGCUCUGGCGACUCGGGGAGGCGCCCGCUGGCCGCGCCUGGGGGGUGCGCGCCUCCGUCCCCUCUUCCCUUCUACCGGCGGCUCUCGGGGAACUCCCCGGCGCUGCCCUGGCCCGGCUCGCCUCCGGCGGACCGGGAGCCUGCCGCACCGGCCGCUUGGCAGCUUCCCGUCCCGCCAGCCCCGGGCGGCCAGCGGGCAGGAGCCAGUCCGGCCCCGCCGCGAUCUCGGCUCCCCGCCAAGGCGGUGCGCCGCCCUGCUGCGGCCCCGGUAGUGCGGCUUCGCUUAUGACUCUAGGCUGUUUCUCUCCUCGCUCGUUGCGUGCUGGGACCCCCAGCUUUUCUGCCAAGUUGCCCGCGACGUUCCCAUCUGCCCCCCCCCCCCCCCGGAAUGGGAGGGACCCGCUGCCCGAGCACAAAACCUCCAUCAGCGCUCGCCUGCUUCACGGUUGCAGUCGUAGUUCUGGUCCUAGCCGGCGAUGUUCGGCAAGUCCCUGCCGCACGACUGUCCCCCGGGGGGCAACGCACCCCUGCCCGUCCAUCCGCAGCUGCAGUCCGGUCUGCCAGCCCCUUGGUCCGGAGCUGCUGUCCAUCAGGAGCUGGUGAGCCACCGCCAUUAGCCCCAUCAGGGUCGGCUGGGCCUGCCAAAGCAGCUGAGGUGUGCCCCAGCUCCUGAAAAUGGCAUGCUGAAAGCUAAAUAGAGAAACCUGGAGUGUGCAAGGAGAAGUAGUGUUAAGAGGACAAGAGAGCAAAUGGAGAACUUUGCAGUGCGACAAAAGGGUAAAAGAGAAACGCCAGGGGGUGACACACAACUGGAUGACUUUGGGAGCACAGAAAGGCAAAAGAAUGGCCCGGUGGCAUGCCAAAAGGAAAUUGGAAAACCCUGAGGCACACCAAAAAGCACAUGGAAAAGUCUGAGACAGAAAGGAAGGCUAAACAGAAAACUUUGUCACGCUUUUCAUGACAAAUGGCAGGCCUUUGUACACACCAAAACGCCCCUAAUGCCUGUAAUGGGGCUCAGUGGGGCUGACAGGAAGUCACCUGUCCCUAUGGAAAUUCCAACUCCCACCCCACCACCGAAGGCCCCAGCCCUUGGCGCCAGACACACCAGGAAUGUCUCAGGAGCUGACGGAUAAUCCAGGACCAGCUUUCAGGACCUUGCACGGUACUGGAGGGAUCCUGGCAGCCCCCAGGGUGAUGCAAACAGUUCCUAACAGUCAGAUGUCUGUGGCUAUGUGAGAGAAAUUCGCUGCAGCCCCGUGAACAGCACAGGGGUUGCUCUAGAACCUUAAGGAACCUUAAAAUGGUCCAAGAGCCCUUAGGACUGGUCCCCAUCUCCUUAGACGCAAUGUGUAACGUGGUCCCUGGAGCUCAGUGUUGAGAUGCUUUUUACUGAUUGCAAAAGCUUGUGGGAGCUCCACUCAUGGAUGAUGACAUGGCAUGUCUAUCAGAGACUGGGUGCUGAGACCAGAGGAAGCUGGGUGUAUCCCCCACGAGGUGGUGUUAACACUGGGCAGUGUGUGAGUCCAGCCCAACAGAAAGGAGGCAGGCAGCCCACAUCUUGCUCACUCAGACACACUGCAGUUGUGCUUUCG